AAUGGGAUAGGUCUUAGCAUCAGAUUAUGUUGAAUUGUAUGCAAUCCAAGAGAAUCCGAACAACCAAUCAAUGCGUUCAGCUCAUGACAAAUCUAAAAUAGAUCAUUCCUAAGUGGUAUACAUUUUAUUCAAUUACAGUCUCAUGUAGCACCUCCCAUAUAGCCUAAACCAAAGCCGAAUCAAACGAAAAGUGCUAAUAUAGAUCAGAUAAAAGGAUUAAGAAUCUAUCUAUCUUAAGAGAUGUCUUUAUGUUAUUAAUAAUUUCUAGUACCAACGAAUUCCCUGAUUUAGAUCCAGUUUCAUAUCAAAGACAUGAGAUUGCUGACGGAGAGUAUUAUGGAAAAUUCCAAUCUCAAAACAGGGAAGGAGAUGGAGUUUUAUCCCUCAAAAAGAAGCCAAUGUAAAAAGGUAUGAAUGUAUUGAGUGAAUUUUCAGGGUAGAAUGAUCAAGAAUAACUCUACAAAUUCUUUGGAACGUAUCGAAAUGGAUAAGCCGCUGGCAACGGAUAUGCCUUCUUCCAUUAUGAUUACUCUCUUUGGGGAGAAGUCUAAAAAAAUGAAUUUAAAGGAAAGGCAAUACUGAAAACCAAAGAUAAUUAAACCUAUUAAGGGAUUUGGGAUGAACGAAAAUUAAAAUAUGGCAUUAUCUAAACGUAUUAUUGAUCCGAAUCCCAAUAGAUAACAUUAUAAAUAUGUGGGGCAAUUUAAGGAUGGUCUAAGAGAUGGAUUGGGAGAAUGUCAUUACUCUGAUGGAACUAUAGUCAAAGGCAAUUGGAAAUAGGAUAAUUUAGAUCAACUAUGCCAAAUCGAAUACCCUGAUCAUACAGUUUUUAGUGGCCACUUUUUUGAAGGAAUGAAACAUGGUUUUGGACUAUUGAAAUAAAAAAAUUAGGUAUUCUUUGGGGAGUUUGAUUGUAAUGUUAAACAUGGCCUUGGAUUAUUAAGUUAACCUGAAGAUAUACAAAUGAAUCAAUCUUAGCAUAAACAAAAAUAUUGUAUUCUAUUCAUCUAAUUAACAAAUAGCUGAAGCACUUUACGUUUAAGGUGUUCCAAAAGGAAUCUAUUGUACUUACACAGAAAAAGAAAAUAAAUUAUGGUUCUUAAUUAAAGAUAAUAAUGAAAUAGAAAAAUUAGAUCAUGUCACUGAGAAAAGAGGUUUAGCUGAACUUUUAAGUCCAAUUCAAGAAAAUAAUUAACCUCCAGUAAAAAGUUUAGAGGCUUAAAAGGUAUAAUAAUUUAUAACUUAGGUUGAAUUAGAAAAAGCCGUUUAAGAAAUGAUUGGGAAAGUAAAUGAAAUCUAAAACAAUUCUAAUCAAUUCAUGUCAUUAGAAAAGUAAAUGGAUUCUUAAACUAUUAAAUUGGGCCAACUUGCAACAUACCAAGAUUGGAUUGACUAGAAUAAAUAAUGA